UCGUUAACGGGUGGAAGUUAUGUCGGUCGUCGCUGUGUCGUCGGUCGGUCGUCUAGGUUUUCUCAAUGAACGAGCGAGCGUGUAAACAGAAUACGAAGCCAGAAAAGCAGAACGAAUUUUCAAAACAAAACGAAGAAACGAAAACACAUGCGAUAAACACACAGACACAAAACGAUAGCGAUAGCAGUGCUAAAGUUUAUUAAUAAAUAGAAGUGUUUGUUGUGCACCAAAGCCAACUACUACAUACAUACAUAAACAAAUAAAUUUGUUCGUAGUCGUGCGCGGAAAUUGCAAUAGCAAACAAAACAAACGCGUCGUUUGUCAUCGCCAUACUGGGCGAGCUUUUCAAAAAUAAAUUAUUUAAAGAAAAAUUUGAAAAAAUAAAACAGCCCGCUUGCGAGCUGUAAUAGCAACAACAAAAAGAAAUAAAGCUAAAUAGUGCGUAAAAAUCUGUUUGUUUACGAUAAAGUGUAUGUGUGUGUGCGUGCGUUUAAUACAUACAUAUGUACAUAUCUACAUAGCUGGAAGUGCAGAGAGAAGUUGCAUGCGUUGUUAGCUUCUAUUUUUCUGUGCAUUUCUACAACAACAAAGCACAUUUUUAAUUUGCUGUUACCUGAAAAACAACAUGUUCAAGCUGGUUGAAAAAUAAUAGAAAUUCAAAUACAUAUUUGGAAAAACCAAUUGAGUUUCAAAAUUAGUUGAAUAAAUUUCAAAUAUUGGCAUCAAGUGAUUGUGUUGUGAAAAAAAGAAACAAAGAAUAAUUACUUCAUUGAAAGUUGACAUCAAUUUACCUGUUCUACGACAGCUGCAAACGCGUUAAAAAGAUUCCAAGCGUUUUUCUAUGGAUUAAGGUGAAUUUCAUUUAAAGCGGCAUACCGUGUUUGUUAAUUUCUCCAUAUUUGCUGUUUUGUGUGCGUGCUGUGUGUGUGCGUGUGCGCGUGCCUGUGCCUGUGUAAGUGUGUUGUUGUCUUACCUUGAUGGCGAUCGCAUUGCACAGAGGAUAGGCGUCAAUCAUACGCAGCGUGGUGCAAGGCGAACAAUUCGAAAAGGUAAAUAUGCAAAUUUCUUUUACCGUUUCGCAACUCGCGUUGAUCGCGCUUUAAGAUACCUAUAUAUUUAUGCAAAUAAUCACACUCCAUGGCCAUACGACAAUGUCCAAUGCUCGCGAGCUGGCAUUAAUCGAGAAAUGGGCUGACAUUGCGACGCCACCGCAGUCGCUAUCGCCAAUAUCGCCAACAUCGCCGCGGGCCGUCAAGCUGUGCUGCUGCCCACAACGCAGGCGUUACAAUCUGAAGCACCCGAAAGCCCCCAAUACGUUGCACGCCAGAAACAUAUUCGUUGAUAACGAUUUCACGUAUAUUGAUGAUGUGCCACGCGCAAGCGACGGCGGCAAGAGCAACACCAAAAGCAACAGCAACAUUUGCAACAAUAGCCGAGGCCGCGAUUGCGACAGCGAUUAUGAUGAUAUCGUUGAGAUCGGAGGGAACAGCAACAACAGCAACAGCAGCGGCCACGACGGAAACGAAACGGAAAAAUUAAUGAAUCAACGAAAUGCGCAUGAGCAAUGGCGGCAGGACAAAGGCAAAGGCAGCAACAGCAACAGUAAUAGUAACAGUAAUAGGAGCAGCAACAAUAGCUGCACUCGUGAGCAGCAGCAACAACAGAUCCAAAGACUUAGCAAUAGCAUAAAAUUGCAACAACAACAGCAACAACAAUAUAGUAAUAAGGAAAAUACACUAAGAAGCGGCAAAAACAGCAACAGCGCUGCAACACAAGACAAAAAUAUCUUACACUAUAAUUAUUGUAAAUUACCUGAAGCCGCCGAGCCCAAAGUUGAGCCACAAACGAACAACAGCAACAGCAACAGCACCAACAACAAUAGCAACAGCAACAGCGGCGGCAGUAAAAACAGCGAUAACAGCAAUUUGAAAAUUGAUUCACCGAAGUCGCAGAAUAAAAUGACAAUUACGAACACAACGAAUGUGGCAGCGGCAGCAACAGCGACACCGCCACAACAAAGCAAGCAAAUCGAGUGUGGGUUGACAGCAGCAGCGACACAAACAGCCAAGCCAACACCAGCAACACGUCCAACAACGCCCUCUCGCCUCAAGACUGUGAUCAAAACAACAAUGGUGAAGCGUAGUCCUAGCCAUGACUCAACCUCAGCAACAUCGUCACACAUGUUGCUGCCGAGCAGCUGCAGCAAUGACAGCAACAACACCAACCGCACCACAAAUGGAUACAAUGAUGUGCGCGGGGAUGAGCCGAGGCGGUCGGUGAAGGAACGCAUUGCAGCUUAUGCGGCAGGAAAUGAACAACAGCAGCAGCAGCAGCAACAACAACAAAACGGCGCCGGGCGGCAGCAUGACAACAACAACGGUCACUUUAAGAAAUUUACUAAAAUUCAGUGCAAUAAAAAUCAAAAUAACAUGACAAGCGAUGUGAAAAGUGCAAUUAGUAGUGGCAGCAGCAGGAACGGUGGCCAACAACAACAUCAAACGCUUAUCAACGGCAGCAGCAACACCGGCAUCAGCAAUGGACGAGCAACGCCAUCGCCUCCAGCUCCAGCAGCAGCUCCAGCAGCAGCAGCAACCAUAGCAACAGCAGCAUCAACCAACACGUCACUUUCCGCCGUGGCUAUCGCGGCUGACACGACGCGCUACAAAUCGGGAUUAAGUGAUGUGGCAGCAACAGUUGCUGAUGAUGAAGCUGCAGCAAUAGCAACAGCAACAGCAACUUCAUCCAGCAUCCCACUGCCGGCAGCUGCCAGCGUUUUUAGCACCGGUUGUGCAACUAUGCCGCGUACUCGGCUCACUCAACGCGCCGGCAAUUUGAGCGGCGAGUGCAAUGGCGAGAAAUACGGAAGCAAUGCAGCAGCCAUGACAGUUGAUAACAAAUUCUUGGGCUCGACACCAGACGCCAACACUUCAAGUGCACAUCAGCAUCAGCAUUAUAAGCUGCAAUUUUCCGAUAAGUGCGCGGCCAAGUUGGCUACUCUCGAAAAUCUCGACUUGGCGCGAAGUCUUGACUUGAUAGAUGAUGACAGCGAUGAUCCAUAUGGCAUAAUGGAGGAGUAUUUGGAGCGCGUGAAGCUCGAAAUCAACGAAGUGUUUGAAUUGAGGAAGGCGCAGCGUCUGCAACAAAUGCUGGCAGAGCGUCUGCAGGCGGCAAAGGAGGAGCAUCAGCUGAAUGGAAAUGACAGUGCCAUGCUUGAUGACUCGUCGCGUUCUACAGAAUCAGAUAGUGAAUUGGACAGUUCUGCAACUUCUACUGCAGCAGCUCAGCCGCUAAUAAAGACAAAGAGCAACCCAGUGACAACUAAAUUAAGUGCCUUGCCGCCGCCACCACUAAGUCCAACUUCAGCAGCAGCCACGGUGGAGAAAAAGGAGCAGGAGGAGCAAACGCUAAAGCGACGCACACCACGCAAUGCCAAGCCAGAUCGAAAGGCGCCAGCGACUACCGCUGCUGCGGAGCAUUCGGUCCUGCCGGAUGAUACGAAUAUGAACAUAUGGGCAAACAAAUUUCUGCGUGAUUUGGACAGUCUGAUUUCACCGGAUAAGGCCUUGUCGCCUCAGCAGACAGCGACUGGCCUCCACUGCUCCACAUCGGCCUGCAAUUCGCCGACAUCGAGAACAGCGCCCAUGCUGCUCUCAGCAGCAGCCUCGGCAGCCAUCCAGAGUCGCUAUGGCAAGGGCCAUGCAUCUGCCCAAGAACAGCUGCAAAGUGCACUCGUCUUGAAACCAGAGAAGCAUGCAACCAUUCCACUGCAAUCGUUUAACCUUGAUUGCGGACCCAGCGAAGCGACGGCAACAGCGACGCCAGCGACCAAAUCGAACGUUGCCUACUUGCGAACCUUGUCGGCACCGGGAACCAGCAGCCUCGACGGUAGCGGGGCCAGCGAGGGUAUCAACGGGGCCAGCUCUGCCUGCGCAGCAGGCAAGACUCAACGCAAGAGCCUGACUGCAUUUAAUGGCAAUGCGGAGCCAGCCGCAACUCAUAAGCUGACAAAUUUCCAAAGCGUAUUGAAAAUCGAGGAGAUUGCUGCUGCGGCUGCCGCCAAAGCGAACACUGAGGCGGCAACAGGUGAAGCGACCACCGGGGAUGAGCUGAAAUCUAGGCGACAUCGCCAAUUGGCAAGCGAUAUGGAGGACAUGGACAUGCUGCUGCAUGCAACACUGGCGGCUGCUUCGUCCAUGCCAAAACGGGAACGCAUUAAUCAUGCAACAGCCGCCGCCACGACGACGAUGACGAUGACGACGACGGCGACGGCGAACAUGUCUCCAACGUUGACAACGACCAAGCUGUCGCUUCUGAGCCACGGCGAGACCAUAACCCCGCCCCCGGCCAACGGGCAGCCGCAGCACCACCAACAGCUGACCUCGGCCAAAGGCGCCGCAGCGCCUACUGGCUACUUGCUGCACAGCAGCGACGUGACCAAAAAAGGCUCCACCUCAACAAUCUGGACAUCGGAGGAGUCCAUACUGCGCAGCGUUGGCGCCGCCGAUGAAGACAAUAACUCCACUUCGUCGUCGGCCUGCGAGGAGGCCGCUGGCGUUCUCAGCUCGGGUAAAUCGGGCAUAUCACUGGACUCAUCGGGCCUGGACAACGAUAACAACGAAAGCGGCAUAGGCACGGCAACGCCGCCCAAAGACAUGUCCCACUGGAAGAGUCACCAGCUGCAUCAUCGUGCGAACGGGAGCAGCGGAGGCGGCCUCACCAACAACGACAACGAGUCAAUUAGCAGCUUGGAGGCACUGCGCAAAAUAAAGUUCCCAAAGAGUGGUUCAGUGGCCUCCUCCGAUGAUCCCGAUCUGCUCGAGGUGCUCAGCUUGUGUGAUGAGGCGAUACACGGUAACGAGUCCCAGGACGACAUGCUGCUUCACGAUGAUCAGAAGCCGCAGCCGAAGCUUCGACGCCAGCAGCAGCAGCCACAAAAGGGCGAAACUGAAAAGGCCACGACCAAUGAGUACGACGAGUGCCUCGAUGACUUCAUGACUGGUUGCGACUGGGACUGCACUGACGGCGAUGCUAGUAGCAGUGGUGGCGGCACUAGUGCCACCAGCGGCAGCGGCACCACUACAGGAGAACUCACUGCAGCCGCACCGGUUGUCCUGCGUCGCAGAUAUAACGCCGUAUUGGCGCCUUGUGUGGGGCGUGGAAAGAACCAUCGUAGCUACUCCUUGGACACCACGGGUCAGCAGCAGUUGCACCAACACCACCACCUGUUGCCUCGCAAGUUGCCACAUUUGCAGGGACGUCCGCAUACCAAAGAACGCGCCCAGCUAUCGCUGGCUCUGCGUCAGGAGCCCUUCCAGUCACUGCUCUCACCCAAUCUGCACCACUUCGGGGAGCUGCCCUCGCCAAGUAGCGCUUCGCUACAUAGCGGCCACGAAGGUGGCAUUGGUCUGCAGGAACAGCUGACGACUAAAUCCAAUUCGGCGCCGCUGCUGUUGAAGGAGCGCGAGCGCAGCCGCCGCUGCGACGACUUUGCCGCACAGCAUCUGACACUGCGCUAUUCGCGUUCGCAAAGCGAUCGGUAUUUAGCAGAAAUCGAGGCGGUGGAAGCGUGCAAAUGGCUGCGGGCUGCAGGUUUUCCGCAAUAUGCGCAAAUGUACGAAGAUCACCAAUUCCCCAUCGAUCUAACCAACGUAGCCAAAGAUCACACCAAUCUCGAGAACGAUCAGCUACAGUCACUCUAUCGUCGCCUGUGCGUGCUGAAUCGUUGCGCCAAUAUGCGACUAGACCAGUCGCACAAGCCGCAAACGCCGCAGCAAAAGGAAGAGUCGGACGAUGAAAACUUUGCGCUCAGCGAGAACUGGACAUUCCAACCACACAUCAGGCGCUGGUCCCGCAUAGGCGAAAUGGGCCUGGAGUUGCCGCCACCGGGAAAACUGAAUGUGGAGAAGACAGAGAGCUCCUCUAAGGAGUCCAGCCCGGAUCGCUUCGAGGACGAUGCCUACGAUAUAUCGGGCGCAGGCAUUACGCUCAUGAUACCAGGCGCCAGCAAGGGCGACGCCACAGACACCUCGUUGAAUGAGUCCGUCGAUGGUGCCGCCGCCCGCCUUCGUCGCACAGGUAGCGAGCGCAUCAAGGACGGGGCCAAAGCAUUGUUGCGGCGCGUCGAGUCCAUCAAGUCGCGUCGCCGCAAGCGACAGAAUCGCGAGAACGUGAUUAUAAGUGGCCCUCAAGUGUUGGACUUCAUGCAGCUGGGUCAGCGCAGCAGCAUGCGGAAGCCGGAUGCCGUUUACUCCACACCACCCUCUCCGUCGGCGGUUAGUCCCAUGCACACAUUCCCCAAGGUGCCGUUCUUCGGUAACGAACUGAAGGUACCCUCGCACAGUGAAAAUUUCCUGAGUCCAAACCGAUCCAGUCCCAAGCGCACGCCCACCACACCGCGCUCCAUGCGAACCAGUCCCCUGCACUUCUUCUCUAGCCCCAUGCCUCACCUGAAGGAGGGCAAGUCGGACGACUCCUCGUCCUACUACAGCGACAGUCAAGAGUCUUCGACUGGCGGUAAGUUAUCGCUGCGCAAGCCCUCGAAGGCACGUCGCUUUCUGCAGCGCUCGGGCAAAGUAGACGACAUAGGCGCCCACUCAGACUCGGAGUGCCAUCAGGGACGCAAGCUGCUAAUCAAGGAUGCCAACAGCAACACCACCGAGGUCAAAAUCAAAAAACUAACGCGUGGCGGCUCGCUUAACUUGGGCAAGGACCCGAAGAAGCGUGAAGGCUUCCGAUCUUCGUCCUUCCGCUCGCGCAGCACUACCCGCAAGGAGCCUAAAAACGAGGAAGAGGGUGGCAGUGGCAGCAAACGAACGCCAGUUGUGCGCUGGCACAGCUUCCAAAUGGAGGAGCGACCCAACAUGAUUUUCCGGAAGUGCUUCUCCCAAAAGAUUGAGCCAAAUAUACAGGAACAGGAUGUCGGCAUACCCUUUGCUGCCAUGUCCGCAGGACAGCUGCAAAUCAUACGCAAGCUGGCGCUUGUCACUCUUACCGGAUAUAUGGAGCGGUACUGCCCGACCCAUCGAUCCGGCUGGAACUGGGAGCUGCCCAAGUUUAUUAAGAAGAUCAAGAUGCCCGACUACAAGGACAAGAAGGUAUUCGGCGUUCCACUGCUGCUCGUGCUACAGCGCACCGGGCAGACACUGCCGAUUGCGGUACGCGCCGCUCUGCGCUGGCUUCAACUAAAUGCUCUGGACCAGGUGGGCAUCUUCCGCAAGAGUGGUGGCAAGUCACGCAUCAUGAAGCUGCGGGAGAUCAUCGAGAGCACCGAAUCUACGGCAGAGUGCAUGGACGUGUUCGAUACGCAGCAGGCCUACGAUGUGGCCGACAUGCUGAAGCAGUAUUUCCGCGAGCUUCCCGAAUCCCUGCUGACCACCAAGAUGUCCGAAACCUUUGUAGCUAUAUUUCAGCAUCUUCCACCGGAAGUUCGCAUUGAUGCCGUACAGUGCGCUGUGCUGCUGUUGCCCGAUGAGAAUCGCGAGAUCCUGUAUGUUCUGCUCGAAUUCCUCACCAUUGUGGCGGCCAAUUCACAGCAAAAUCAAAUGACCAGCAACAACUUGGGCGUAUGUCUCGCCCAAUCAAUUUUCCAUUCCUCGAUUUCCACGGGAACGGCGUCCGUGUCCGCCUCACCGCGUCGUAAGGGCAAGGGCUCGGGCAUGCCAGACAUGAAGGAACUAGCCGAGGCCAAGGCUUCGCACGAAUGCCUCUCCUUCAUGAUCGAGCACUACAAACCUAUAUACACUGCCGCCAAGGAAAAGCUGGGAAAAUGCAACUUCGGCUACAUGGAGGAGUCGAAACCAGUGCCACUAGAAAUGCUGGGUGAGGGCUUUCAGUUCCACAACUGGCGUGGGUAUCUCUAUGAAUGCACCAGUGCCACCAUCAAGGAGGGCCGCGAGAAAACGAGAGGUUGGUUCACCAUCACUUGCCUCACGGACAGCAACGUGGACAUUGCCUACAAGAAGGUGGGCGAUGGCCAUCCGCUGCGACUAUGGCGCUGCUCCACGGAGAUCGAGGGACCGCCUAGGGAGGUACUGGAUUAUAUAAUUAAGCAGCGCGCUUCGUGGGAUGUAAAUCUGCUGCAGUGCCAGACGGUGAAGAAACUGGACGAUCGUACCGAAAUCUAUCAGUACGCCCUUGAUGGCCAGCUAACGACGGACUUCUGCGUAUUGCGCUCUUGGCAAACGGACUUGCCACGCGGCGCCUGCGUCAUUGUGGAAACAUCAAUUGAUCAUGCCAAGGCGAAGCCACUCUUUGGAGCUGUUCGGGGUGUGGUGCUGGCCUCGCGCUACCUGAUCGAGCCCUGUGGCAGCGGUCGUUCACGGGUCAUGCACUUAGCGCGCGUGGAUAUCAAGGGCAAAACUCCGGAAUGGUAUAACAAGAACUACGGACACAUAUGCUCGCACUAUUUGUCGCGCAUACGUUUGGCGUUCAAACACGUGGCUGAGGGUCCGGAGAGCAAGGUCUAAGAGGAUGGUCUCACCAUAAAAAUAUUAAAUGUUAUAUGUCUGCAAUUACAUAUUAGAGGUGUUCGUCGUUUGUUUGUCGUUUGUUCGUUUGUUCUUUACCCGCAACCUGUGUCGCAAAUUGAUAAACGCAUUUAUAAAACAAGAGCCACCACAAAAAAGGAACACCCCAACGAAUCCACAAACCACCUCACAAUGGACCACAAUGAGCUUGAGAAAACAAACAGAUGGUUUUGUAAAUAAUAAUUGUAAUGCGUUUUGUCUUACAAUUACUUUUAUUGUUUAAACAUUAACUUACGUUGUAUAAUGUAUUAUAUUUAUAUGUUGAUUUAUGUACGUCGCUAGGUCUACGAUUAAGAAAUGAAAUCUAACAUCCAAAAUACUCAACUCAUAAAUAUCACAAGCACGCCUAUCUUUCGGAUUUCAUUACAAGUUCUAUAACUAACAAUUAUUCAAAAUGUCGCCCAAUGUCGAUGUGUUUAAUGUUAAUUAAUUUAUAGCCCACUUGUUAGGGAGAAACUCUAAUAACUACCAACAAAAACAAAACAAAAAAUAAUAAUAAUAAUAAAUAAGGAAAAGAUGAACCUUAAAAAUGUGUAAAGAAAAUCCAACUAGUCAAAUUUUGUAAAUUUAAGUUAAAUUACUAAACCCAAUACACUCAGCAUAGAAAGCGCAAGUUCUACUUCUUGCAAAACAUUGUUUAAAUUGAUCGAUUUGGUUUCGCGAUAUUCUGAUAUUAAGCAUUAUGUUCAUGUGUAUAUGAAGUAAGCCAAUAAAUUUAUAUCAUACUAUAUAUAUCAAAAUAAUCGAGUUAAGCAAAACAAAAAUGUAUGUUCGUGCAUGUAUCUGUAUGUAUUGUCUAUACCUGCAUAUAUGCACUUAUACAAACUUGUAUACAAACAAAUAUGUACUUUACAUAUACAUAUAUAUUCGGUGUAUGAACCUUAUGAUCCUUGAUCAAUAUGCCCAUUUUGGCAGAUUAGUUUUAGUUAAAAAUAGUAUAAAUAUAUGUCUAAAUGUAUGUCUGUUUGAGCGCAUAUAUCAAAUACUAUACUUACUAAAAAAGCAGGCAUUAAUGACAGGCCAUGGUUGACCAACUGGCAGAUGAAACCAGAGAGCUCACCAAUGUCAACAAGGUGUGUAGAGGAGAGAGUACUAUACAGUACACCUGCAAUAAUUAUACAAAGAAAAAAGAGCAUACAAAAUUACAAUAAAAAUACAUAUUAUCAAAUGUGAAAAAACAA